AUGUUGGUGAAAUUUUUUAAAAGUAAUAUUUAUAAUAAUAUUCAAUUCACAAAGAUGGUUAAAAAUUCAAGUGCAUGCGACACGCGAUGUCAGUUGUUAUUCACUGAGGCAAUAAACACAGAAAAUUCAUCCAGACUUAAUUGGUUCAGGAAGAACCAACAACGGUUAAUCGAUAAUUUAGGCAGCCAAAAGUUGGUCGGCAAAGCUAAGGCUCAAAUAGCUGAACAGGAAGAGAAGCGUCGGAAACGCCUUGAGGCCGAACGUAACGAGAAACAGCAAAAGUUUACUGGACCUCCGAACUGGCGACCCGCCAUUGAUGGUGCAUUGAAUUUAGAUUAUAUGAGACCUAUAGAGCCCAGCGUAUCGAACUUGUUAUACGAAAAAGGAAUGCCCAGUUAUGAAGCGAGAAAGAAUUAUCUCAACGAGAGGUAUGAAAAGAUGUUGGAAGAUCGUUAUUACUAUCUUUAUGGUAGCAGCUGGGUUUACGGUUGGCGUUUUAAAGAUUUCCCACCCGUGCAAGCUACAAAAUUGGGUAAACGUCAAAUAAUUCAGGCUUCGUUUUACCGUCGAAACGCUUCGAGCCUGCAACGUGAUCCAAAUUGGUAUAAAAUUUGCCAAACUGGAAAUCCAAAGAAUUAUAAUGACGUUUUAACGUACUGAUAAAAUACUUUCAAACAUAGGACUCGAUCGGAUAGAUUGACAUCCGCUAAAGGUAUUGAAUUAAAUGAAAAAUUCCGUUUAUUUUAUUAAUGUCAAUGAUUCGUCAAGUUUAUUGUUUAUCGCGAAAAUCAUAUUAUUAAUAAUAAUAAUAAUAAUAAUAAUAAUGCACGAGAACUAACAAGGCUAAUAAAAAUAUAAUAGAAAUCUCUUAAUUUAUAAGUUCGCAUUUCGCUACUUCGAUACAGUCUUACUAAUUGUGAAGAUUUUCUUACCGACAUGGUUAGCGUCUAAAGAAGUAAUGUUUUUCUUUAUAACAAAUCAAAGUACGUUGAUUGAACAAGUUUUAACAAACUUUUAUUGGGUUGGCACAGAAUAUUCUAAAAUCUAAGUCAUCCCGCGUCGGUUUUUGUUUUUUGUUCGUUUGGCGAAUAAUAAAGCGAUAUGAACAAGUAUUUAAUGCAAUAACUCUUUCUUUGCCGGCAUCCGAUAAUUUUCUACUCGGCGAAUGAAUAAAGAUUGAUAUGAUUUUCCUUCGUUUUAACACAGUGUGUGACGUAUGUACGUACGUAUAAAAUGUGACGCGUAAUGGUGAACAGAGAAAUGACUGACUUCGAUAUAAAAGUGUUAAAAGUGAUAAAAAUACUAAUUGGUUGGUCCCUAACUGAUAGUUUACAUAAAUACAUUACA